UUUUUAGAAACUAGACUUAACGGGUCUGGUGACUCGAUGUUACACUGUGUUCCGAAACCGGCCACAUUUUCAACUCAGGUUGGUUUGACCAUCGCCUAUUUCAUCGUGUUCCUUGUGGCGUUGGUAGGAAAUUCAAUGAUAAUUUUUGUGAUUCACUGUCACCCAAAAUGCAAAACGACCUUCAAUAUGUUAAUUGUCAACAUGGCAGCCGCUGACAUUCUAGACGUCAUUACUGCUAUCCCAUUGUCCCUAGUGUACUUAUAUGAAAGUGCAAAGUGGUUUCCAGGAAGAUUUGGUGUUAUCCUCUGCAAGUGUCUGCCAUUCCUGGCCUUUAUUUCUAUUGGUUCAUCUGUCCUUACGUUGACAGUUAUGACCUUUGACCGCUAUCUGGCCAUUGUGCACGUGAUGAAGAGGCCAUUGUCUCUAAAACUGACUCUAGUGGCGAUUACCUUGACUUGGCUCGUUUCGGGCUUGGUGUUUGCCAGUGAAAUUUACAAGUACAAGCUUUACAAUGAGUCAGGUCAAGUCAUAUGUGCUCCAAGAUGGGUGGAAGAUCUUCUCGCUUCUCAUAAAAUAACAAUGUACGAAAUGAUUGUCCGGUUUGUCCUGUUCUACCUCAUUCCACUCCUCGCCAUGGCCGUACUCUAUUCAAAGAUUGUGCUGCAUAUGUGGAGAAGAAAGGCACCUGGCGAGCACAUCGACAAAAACCAAAAACGAAUCGAAAUACAGAAACGCAAAGUGAUUUCUAUGUUGGUCACCAUUGUAACAAUUUUUGCCCUAUGUUGGCUUCCAGCGCACGUCAAUCACUUUCUGGUGACAUUCAACUUUGAAGCCUUCAGUUGUUUACCGACCUCGUUGAUUCUUACCUUUUUUUUUAUGACGCAUGCCAACACUGCUAUCAACCCGUGCCUUUAUUUCAUAUUCAAUGAGAUUUUUCGUGAAGGAUUUAAGCAUCAGAUUUAUCACAGGCUCAGUGGACGUUUUUCAAGUGGAAGUGAUCGCUUGUCUUCCAUAAGAGCAGAGGCCAUAAGCGGAAGUGCUACCGCUUCUCGCUUUACACUUCUUGGAAGUAAACGAGGAAGCACAAGGGAGGACAUGUAUCAUGAGAGUGAUACUCUAGUUUGA